UAAAUCGAGCGUGGGAAGAGUGAACUGAAUGAAGGACUGGAACUGGAACUGGGCCCAGCCAGAACUGGGACCAGGUCUGGAAUUGGAAGUGGACCAGUUUGCCCUGGGACUGAACCAAGUGAACUGAAAGACUUGAGAGAACUGGAACCGGAAAUGGAGCUUGAACUGGAGCUGUAACUUGAGUCUGACCUGCACAACUAGAACCAGAACUUCAGAUGGGACUGGAACUGGAACCAUCAUCAGAACCAGAAGCGGAUAUGGAACCAGAGGUCCAUAACUGAUAUUUGAAGUGGGACUGGACUGAGUGACCCGGAACCAGCACUGGAGCUUGAACUGGAACCAGAACAGGAGCUUCAACUGGAACCAGAACGGGAACCAGAACUGGAACCAGAACUGGAACCAGAACUGGAACCAGAACUGGAACCAGAAACUGGAACCAGAACUGGAACUGGAACUGGAGCUUGAACAGGAACGGGACCAGAACUGGAACUGGGACGAGAACUGGAGCUUGAACUGGAACUGGAACCCGAAUUGAAACUGGUUGGAACGGGGAAUGGGCCGAGUGGACUGGAGCUUGAAUUGGACCUGGAACCACCGCUGGGACUGUAAUUGUAAUUGUAAGUAGAAGGUGCGGAAGUAGAGGGGUUAUCAGAACCAGGUCCAGAAUCUAGACCAGGUUCAACUGCAAUUGGUCUGAAUUUGACCUGAAGCAGUUGUUGAGGUAGUCGAUGACCAGGGAGGGUCAUCCGAACUACAACCUGGAACUGGAACCGGAACCGGAAGUGGAACCGGUACUGCCGGAACUGGAACCGGAACCAGAACUGGAACCAGAACUGGAACCAGAACUGGAACCAGAACUGGAACCAGAACUGGAACUGGAACUGAAACCGGAACCAAAACUGGAACUGGAAACGAAAGUGGAACUGGAACUGGAACCGAAACCGGAAGUGGAACUGGAAGUGGAACCGCCGGAACUGGAACUGGAACCGGAACCAGAACCAGAACUGGAACCGAAACUGGAACUAGAACCGGAACUGCAACCUGGUCUGAAACCGGGACUGGACCUGGACCUGGAACCGGAACCGGAACUGGAACCGGAACUUGUGUUGAAAUUAGAACUGGAACUGGAGCUGGGACUAGAACUGCACAAAUUGUAAGCCAGGGGCCCAACACAAAGUAGGUACGUGAUUUGACAGCCAGAGGAAGGGAUGGAGCUUGGCAACUGAGCAGGUUUUUUUUUUUUUUUUUUUUUUUUGUAUGUUUGUUUGUGUUCUUGUUCUUUUUUGCCCCUCCUGGGAAAAAAUGAGCACCAGUUGUUCCCCUCUGUCUCAGGACAGCUUUUCAAGCUCAUCUUCUUUUUCAAAGUCUGCUUCUUUUGAUGAAGGUGCAGGUUUUAGAAAGCCGGAGCAGCUAGGCUUUAAGGUCAGUCCUCCAGAUAGGGACACAUGCGGGUUGGUAGUCUCUCUCUCUCUCUCUGUGUGUGUGUGUGUGUGUGUGUGUGUGUGUGUGUGUGUGUGUGUGUGUGUGUGUGUGUGUGUGUGUGUGUGUUGUGACUGCAGGUAGAAGAAAUGAUUGUAGAUGUCUUAGAGUAAGUUACAUGGUCCCCCUCCCCCCCUCCCCCCCUCCCCCCCCCUCUCGGAGAAUUGGACAGGAGAAAUAGAUAAGACUGGAAAAGUAGAUAGAGAUUUUUUUCCUCUCCUCUGAAUUGCAGGCGUGGGGAAUCAGAGAGGAGGGGGGCUCUCUCCUGUCGUGAACGAUUUUUGUUUUUCCGGCGCAUUUCAAUUUCUUGUCGCUCAAUUUGUCGAUUUCUCGUACAUUUUGUUUCGUUGGAAACUAAGGAGAGAGUAUGGAAAGGGUAAAAACUGCAGAGGUGUUCUCUCUCUCUCUCUCUCUCUUCUUCUGCUCCGCCACUUUCGUGCCUGCUCUGCCCCAAACAUUGUGGCUAGUUGGCCGAAUGCUAGUCAUAGGAGUAGGAGAUUGUGGCGCGGCUGUUUUAAACCUUUUUUCUGUGAUGAAAGGAAAAAUACUAAAAUAGUAAUUUAAAAAUGCUAAAAUUUGUGAAAUACAGUUUACAGUUUAGGAAAAGAGGGAUUUUUGCAGGCUUGCCUGGCAACCUUUUUUUGGGUGGGAAUAUGGAGUUGAUCCUUUCUUUUGCCGUCUUCGUUUUGGGCCACAGGACCCACUAUAAAUAAAUUUAAUAAAAUAAUAAUCUUAUA